AUGCGAGCAUUGUAUGCAGAAAGAAGCUUGGAUGUUCCUAAGGAUUGCAAUGUCUCCUACUCUGACGGCAAAUUCUACUUCGAGGGGCCGUUGGGGAAACAGAUGUAUGACGUCGCCAAGACGGGUUUUACUUUUGAAGUAGACUCAGAUACGAUUCUUAUUAAGUGCUGGCAUGCCAAGAGAACAAAGCUGCAGCUCAUCAACACAAUUGCCUCACACAUUAGGAACUACAUGAAGGGAGUUACCAUGGGAUUCAAAUACGUUCUUAAAUGUGUUUUUAGACAUUUUCCAAUUUUGACUUCUAUUGAAAAAGAUGGAAAAGAAAUUAAAGUACACUCGUUUAUUGGUUCUAAGGAGGAGAGGACAUACCCUGUGCGUGGUGAUACCGUGGCUUUGCUAGGCGAGGAGAAGGAUACAAUUGUUCUCCAGGGAACCAGCAUACUUGAUGUUUCUCAGACUGCAGCAGCUGUUUCCAGCGACAGCUUUAAAAGAAAGAAGCAUGACGAAAGAAUUUUCCUCGAUGGAAUUUACAUCUCCGAAAAGACAAGCAUUGUCGUAAAUUAA